CGUCCCGCUCAAAUGGCCAGCAUAAGCUCUCUCGGCCUGCCCGCGCUGAACAGCUUCGUCGUGGCGCAGCUGCCCAUGGACGGCUCGCUGCUCGUGCACUCCGGGCGGAAACCCCCGCUGCUCCCCUGGCCCGACAUCGGCCACCUCGCAAAGUGGUCCGUGUCCUCGUACAAGUUCGGCUUUGGGCCCGAAUGCCUGCGCGACGACGAACCGGACACGUUCUGGCACUCUGACGGUCCCCAGCCACACUUCAUCACGCUGGAGUUCCCCCGCAAGGUCGCCGUACAGAAACUCAGCGUCUGCCUGUGCUUCCCGCUCGACGAUUCCUACACGCCCGCGACCAUCGCCGUCCGCGCAGGCACAGGCCCGAGCGACCUGCAAGACGUCCGCGUCCUCUCGCUCGACAAGCCGGAUGGGUGGAUCACCUUCGACGUGUCAGCCGACGCGAACGAAGAGGGGGACGGAUUCAAACCGCUCCAUGCGUACAUCGUGCAGCUGAUCAUCAUAGCGAACCACAUGAACGGCAAGGACACACAUGUCCGCGGCCUCCGCGUCCUAGGGCCUUUAGAGGAGCCGACGUCGGACAGGGAAGACCCGUUCCCCUUUACAACACCUCCUUUCAAGAUGUUCGAAUGUGUCCGGUGAAAGAUGGCGACCGACGCACACUGUCACGCACGAGUUGUAUGAGUAGGCUGUCUCCUAAAUGGACUAAAAUGUAAUCCAAGAACUACCCGCCGCGGGACAUCUCUGUACACAGUCACUAGUCAAAGACACUAUGAUACAGGCGGGCCGCUCGAAUAUCCAAUAUGUACACGCCA